AUGAGCAAUAGUGGUAUGAAUAUUUCAAAGGACACUCUCAAUUCAGCUUUGUUGCCAGACAGAGAUGAAGAUGAAAAUAACACCAGUGGCUUAUCCAAGGAGAGAAUAGAUCUAGAGUUAGAUGCUGAAAAUAAAAAGCAGCAGGGCUCACAAUGGAUUUGGUAUUCACUAAGCGCGGCAAUAAUUUGUGCAGUCUGCAAUUCAAUGAUCAGCGAGCUUAGCGUCCUUGGUUUCGAGGGUCUCUUAUAUCUCUAACCUGGUGCUACAUUCAGUGGCUUAAUGUUUUUCCUCUAUUUAUCUGCAAGAAACCACCUAAAUCAUGGUAACUUCAGCCCAGAAAUAUCUAUGAAAAAUGAGAGCUCUGGCAAAAUUGAAUGGCAAAACUUAAUUCAAUUCCUACUUUAUGCUUUAGUUUACUUAACUUAUCAAAGCUUAGUAGUAUUGACAUUCAAUUUCUCGCUCUAAGCCAAUGUCAAUCCAGGGCUUGUUAGCACUAUUUGGGCAACUACACCACUAUUUGCAGGAUUCUUAGAUUAUAUGCUCUUUGGCCAAAGAUUAACUAUGAAACAUUUUAUUGGAGUAAUAUGCUUAACUGUCUGUGUUGCUUGCAUUUCAAUCACGCCAGUUAUCUAUUCUGCUGAUCCAAAUGAUAACUUGAAGACUUAAACUAUGUAACCGUGGGUGCCUGUAACAUUAGCUCUUAUUUCACCCAUUUUCUUUGCAACAAGCAAUAUUUAGACGAAGUUUUUGACCACCAAAAAGAACUUUGACUCUUUCAAGUUGUCUUUUGGAGCAUUUACUUUUGUUGGUAUAAUUUUAACCUGUUUCUUAAUACCAAAGUUUUGGGAUCCUAAUUUCAAUCUUAAAAAUUUAUUAAUAGGCAGCUUAGGAAGUAUUCUGAAUUCAAUAGGCUUAUCUCUUAUCGCUCAAGCAUGUGCCACUGGUCCUAUUGGUCCAGCUGUAUCUCUUGUCAACCUCAAUACAAUCAUAUUCACGAUAAUAGAAGCAUUCAAACUUUGGAAAUUCCCAAAAGGCUUAGAGAUAUUUGGACUAGCAAUAGGCUUCACUGGAGCUAUGGUACUUUCAAUGCCAGAUCAAAUGGAGAGAUUAUUCAGAUUCCUUACUUGUAAAAAAUGA